AUGCGAAGAAGAUAUUUUUCUAUAUUGAGACUCCUGGUGGUAGUAUUGGUUGUGUCGGGCACACACACAGUUCGUGGAGUUUUGUCCUCCGAAGAUACUUUUUUAUGGACCUGGAUCGGUGGUAGUAACUCUACCAGCAGUUCAGGUAGCUACGGUGUUCAGGGUGUGCCAAACACCAGCAACGUGCCUCCGGCGCGGUACGGUGCGGCCUUCUGGACCGGCGCUGACGGGGUGCUCUGGUUGUUUGGUGGUGGCAGCGACUUGAGAGACGUCUUCGGUGAUCUCUGGAACUACAAUCUAAGCACGUUCUCUUGGACCUGGGUUGGAGGCUCUGCAUCCCUCAACUCUGGAGGGGUAUACGGCUCCCGCGGAGUUCCCAACAAGAGCAACUAUCCGCCUUCGAGGACGGAAUCCGCUGCUUGGAGUGACAGCAACGGAAACCUUUGGUUAUAUGGAGGCCAUAAUUUGAACUCGGGCUAUAGUGAUAUGUGGAUGUAUAAUGUAUCGUCGGGCGAGUGGACAUGGGAGCAGGGAUCCAACAAGACCAAUGUUCCCCCGACAUAUGGUACUCUUGGGAACUCGUCUUCAAGCAACACGCCUGGCGCUCGUUUCCAACCCGCGACCUGGGUUGGCCUAGAUGGCCAGUUUUAUCUCUUUGCCGGAUCUAGUCCUAAUGGUACGUAUUACGGUGACUUGUGGCAGUACAACACAGUGACCAACGAAUGGAGCUGGAUAGGUGGCACUCAACAGCAGAUUCCCUCUGGAAGCUAUGGUGCGUUUCGCCAGGCAUCGCCGAGCAAUUAUCCCGCUGGACGUCUCGGAGCCACAUCGUGGCGAGACCUUGAUGGGAACUUUUGGCUCUUUAGCGGUUACGGACAGAUUGACGGAAAUGGCGGCUCUCUGAAUGAUUUAUGGCUGUACAAUGUCAGCUCCAAAGAAUGGACUUGGAUGUCUGGAAAUGACAGUGUUGGUUCGGAUGGGGCAGUAUACGGCGAGAAAGGAGUGCCGUCAUCGAGCAACACUCCGGGGUACAGGUCCUCUUCCUCUGGAUUUGUAGACUCGUCAAACACUCUGUAUCUCUUCGGUGGUUAUUCACCCGGUUUCUGCAACGACCUGUGGACGUUCAAUACUACGAGUCUUGAAUGGACUUGGGUAGACGGUGACAAUACAACGGAUGGAGCCUAUAGCUACGGCGAGCUUAACAAGACAAGCAAUACAACGCUUCCACCUCCGCGAGCUUAUGCAGUUCUUUGGAAUACCGAUCAAAACGACCCGGUCCUGUUCGGAGGCGUAGGCAACUCAGGUUCCCUUAACGACCUCUUCACAUUAUACAUCGCAACACCGACGCCUACACCGACACCAACACCGACACCAACACCGACACCAACACCAACACCAACACCGACGGCAUCACCGACGCCCUCCGUUACUGCACCCCCGUCGGCAACGACAAAUGUGACGCAGACCGCUGUAGGCGAAGGCUCUGCGGUCUGCUUCCCCGCGGAUGCCCCGGUGCUGAUCGAUGGUCUGGGCAACCAUCUGCAGAUAAGCGAGCUUCGAUCAGGUAUGGCCGUAAUGGGCGUCAAUGGGCGCGGGCAACUGGUCGAAGAUAGUGUACUAGGAUGGUUGCAUAACGAGGCCGGCGCUACUGCGGAGAUUCUGGCGAUCAAGACGCUUUCCGGAAAGCAGCUGCGUCUGACGAGACAGCAUCUGGUAUAUCGAAUGAUCGAACACUCUAGAGACUUUUACGGUAUGACGACCGCUUUCUCGUGUAUUUCACAGAAGCAGCAGCAGCAGCAUCAGCAGGAGCACAUACGUCAGAGCCUUGAGCUGGGUACCUCCGCCGUUGAGGCAGUUUUCGCGGAAGAUAUCCGCGUGGGCGACGCUCUGCUGGACGUUGCUGCGCAUCUGCCGGACCCCGUGGUGGCAAUCGAGACAGUAGUUACGCACAAUGGUCUCUAUGCGCCGUUGACUCGCUCAGGGCGCCUUGUGGUCGACGGUGUUCUCGUGAGCUGCUACGGGACGUACGCAUCGCAUGCCGCGGCACAUGCUGUGUUGUGGCCUGCGCGGGUCGAUGCUCUGCGCAAGAUAUGGACAUCAGGGCUCGGCACAGAGGGUAUUGUGGGUAUCAUGCCAUACGCAGAAAGGCUCUAUCACGUUUGGACGAGUGCAGCACGUGUUUUAACGGAGGCUCGCGUAAGUGUUGUAGUUGCAGCCUGCUGA